GUUGGGUCAACAGAUGUCAGUGCGAUACAGUACUGCGGGAGAUUGUGGUUUACUUGCUAUUGUUGCUCGGAUACAAUUUGUGAGAAUGGGUAAUUUUAUCGGUACUUAUUUCACCAAGACCGAUGUGAUGCCUAUUCCCCAGGGACCAGCGACAUUCGACCCGAUGUUAGGAUUUCCAGACGGUCGGAAACCGAGGGAAAUGUUGGUAUCAGAAGAAGACAUGAUAGCUGCAAAGAUCCCACUCAACAAACGUGAUUUUUGUGCUCACAAAUAUAUGGAUCUUCUAGAAUGCCAGAGGCAUCAUUAUCCAUUUAUGUUGAAGUGUGCACAUGAGAAACACGAAUAUCAUCAUUGUCUAGCUGAUGAUGCUGUCCUAAGAUUGAAGGAAUAUGAGAGGGAACGUCGUCUCCUCGAGAGAAAGAAGAGGAUACAAGCAACAGCUGCUUGAAUGUCUAUUAUCAUAGAAUUUUAAUAAAUUGAUUUGUGUCGCGUCAACUUAGGUUGCAUGAGUAAAAUUGAUCAUAUUGCUCUAUAGUACUAUUGUAUAUAAAUAUAUUAU